AUGGCAUAUGGUUCAGGCUGGUGUUCUCCCGCAGCUGUACCAUCCUCAUCAGCCUCCUCUACACUUCCAGCGCCAACGGAGCUUUCCGAUCCCUCCUACGGGCCAAUCCCGGGAGAGUCAGAUGUCUACACCACGUACGACGGCACUGCGCGCCCAUUCCCCGGAAACAUCACUGGUGCAGUGCUCAACACCACCAGCGGCGCUCCUGAAGCCGAUGAUGUACUGUUUCAGAAUCUCCUGUCUGCGGAAUGGAUCAUUUUCUCCUUUUACCAGCAAGGUGUCGAACGCUUCAAUGCCUCAACCUUCGUGGAGGCGGGCUUUCCAAAUACGACGUACGAACGCAUCCAACAAAUUCGGGACAACGAAGCAGGCCACCUUCGCAUUUUCCAGGACCAGAUCUCAACGGCCUCGAUAAAGCCUGGGCCAUGCCAAUAUGCCUUCCCGUACGAUGACCCGGCGUCUUACCUUGUCCUGCAGACCAUCAUCGAAAUUUCCAGCAUGGCCUUUCUUACGGGCCUUGAACUUCAGGCUCGUCUAGGCGCAUCUCGCGCUGCUCUCGUAGCCAUUUCUGCUACCGAAUCACGCCAUAAUACCUGGUCCCUGAUCGACAACUGGAAGUCGGUGCCUUUUGCUGGCCCGUCGGAUACCGUGUACCCCUACGCCAAUCAGAUACUUGACUUUACCAAUCAAUGGGUGGUCGAGGGCUCUUGUCCGUCGCAGAAUCCAGUAUAUCCCGCGCCACGCCAGCAUCUGCCUCAAAUGAAUCCGAUCAAAGGGACCAAAUCAAUUCUCCCAGGCUCAGAACUUGUCGUAAGCUUCACGCAAAGUGGCAAUCAGCCUCAUUUUGUGGAAAAGGACUACUAUGCUGUCUUCUUCCAUGGCGUCAACAACAUCUCAGUACCUUUCGACACGAAGCACAACUCUACGACGAUCCCCAAGGAGUUUGAAGCUUUGGGCAUUAUCAUUGCCGUCAUUGCGGACGCUGAAGGAGCAACAACGAAGGAGAGUGUGGUCGCCGGCCCGCUGAUUCUCCCACAGAGCCCAGCGAUCUUGUCUGAAAUCUACCUUUCCAGUUGA